CUGAAAAGUUCAAAAUACUAGACAUUAAACAAAAGCAAAGUUGACAGCUUUCAGGUUAAUAGCAAAGCGAUGAAUUCCACAUACAACGCUGCAACGAUUAUGGGUAAUCAAACUGCUGGUCAGGUUGAAUAUGAUUUUAAUUGCAUGGCUGUUGUUUUCUGUUCCACUAAUUUCACCACUGAAUGUGAAAACGUGACUCUGAAUGCUUGCCCAGCGUGUAACAUGCGGUAUGCAGCUAUCUUCAUUACUUUGCUUCUCAUACUUGGAUUCAUGAUAGUGGCGGGAAACGUCAUCAUAAUUAUUAGCACCAGAUUCUUAAAACGUCAAUCAAAAGUUGACGUCAUACGCACGUCAUUGGCCGGGGCAGAUAUUUUAACAGGUUUGAAUAUAUUCACUGUGGUAGUCUAUCACUUUGUGAAAACUCUUAACUGGACUGCUGCUGAGUUGGUGCAGUACCAAGCAUCGGUGGUGAACACCGCACCUGCUGUGAUAGGUGCUGUUGUGUUUGUCUUUACUGUCACAUCAUCAUUGUACCACCUUCUGCUGCUAAGCUGCGAACGUCUGUACGCGAUACAGUGGCCAAUCAGCUACAAAUUACAAAGUCGCUCUUCACUGCAUCGUGUUCUGAUUGGCGUUUGGAUUGUUUCAGCCGUUACAGCUUCGGUACCUGGGUGGUUUCCGAAACGCUUUGUGUUUAACUACUUCCCAAGCUUGUUUGUGUACUAUCCGUAUAUCAACCUAGUCGAUGCAAGAAAAAAUAUCGACUCGGUCAUUGUUCUUAUGGGAAUAUUUAUAGUUCUGCCUUUCGUUUUAACGAUGUUGAUACUGACAACGACCAUGUGUAUUGGACACCUACAGUUUAAAAAGUCGAAACGGUUGGCCAACCAUGCCAGAGCCAGCAACAUGAAGAAGGAAUUAUCUAUGAUUGUACAUUUAAGUACCAUGAAACUUGGAUUUUCAGCCACCGUCAUUCCCAUCGUGGCACUAUCAAUCGCAUACUUCACUCUUAGAAAGAGCUGUGCGGAGAUAGUUGCACCAACCGCAGCUUGCUUUUAUCUCAGCAUGGGCAACAGUUUGGUCAACGUGGUGGUGUAUAGCCUAUUCGACAAGGAUUUUCGAAAAUGUGUAAAAAGCAAUUUAAGAUUACGCUGUCGUCUUUGCUAAACUGGCAUCAACUCACCAGCAAGCUUUAUACUGAAAAAGACACGAUAGCCGGUUUUACAGUCGUCUCUAUGGCUUACUAUACAAAAUUUAUUGUAAGCGAGAAUCGUUUACCAAACGCCAUUUUAUAUUCGUCAAACGGCUUAUUUGCAGCAGUUUUUUAUCA